AUGUUUGACCCCUCAUCUCUCCAUACGCGCUCCAUGACCUACCUAAAAUUCGCCGUCGCUCGUCCUUGGCCCCUUAGGGAUGGCCCCACAGGGCCAAUCCGCCCGAUACGAUACUGCUACGCCAACAAAGAAGCCCAAGAAGAACUCAGCUGUCUGCUGAUGGCUGGCUUUGAUGUCUGGGCCCGGGCACUUGGGUUCCCUCAUAGUCAUACGGUCGGACACAAUCUUUGCUGGAAGUCAAUCGUAUUGAGGACCACAAGUGGAACUCCACCCUUCUAUAGUCCCUUCUGCUACCUCGACGACUACAAAAAUCAUGAGGAUCCCGGAACUUGGAAUCCUGUUGUCGCGGACGAUGCACUCGUUGUCCACUUGACUGAAGGAACUCCAGCCGCGACCGUGGGGUGGCAACCAGGAGAGAAAGAAGGUCGCCAUAAGCUGCUGCUGCCGAAGACUAUUGGGGUGACGAGGGUAGCUCACGAGAUUGGACAUGUGCUCGGCCUCCUCCAUGAACACGCCCGCUUCGACCGCGACGACUUCAUAACAUAUCAAUGCACAAACCUCAAAGGUUACAGCCAAGCCGUCAAUGCCGCCACCGACGCCGGUUUCGAAUUAGCCUACGCCAUCCUACGCCUCUGCAGCGAGAAAGAUUUUGCCCUCCAAUUCGACUUCAUCGGCGCUGAAUACACCAAAAACGACGCGUACUCUAAUUUCGAUACGGGCAUCUUCGACGAAGGCGAUUUCGACCUCGGCUCCAUCAUGAUGUACCCGUCUUCCGCAAACACAGAAGAUGAGAGGUGCUGGACCGAGUCUAGAAAGGACCUUUGUGUGCUGAUGGCAGGUACAGAGCUGAAAAUGUGGCCGAUCAUGCCGGCGCAGGCGCCGAGUAGGGGCGAUGUGGAGUUUGUCAAGAAGUACUAUCCGUACAUAGGACUGCCUGCUUCUUCCUCGAUGAGUUCCUCGACUUUGGAUGAUGCCGCUACUGCUACUGCUACUGCUGCUGCUACCACAGCUGUGUCAGAUCAGCCGACAACUUCUGCGGCGGUAGUACAGGUUGCGGAGCAAAAGGUCAAGCGAGGUCCUCAGUCUGCCGUCAGGGUCCAUCGCAUCUUUUCCUAG